GUGAAAGUGAUGGUGCGCUUGUGUCCAGUGUCUCAGUCGGACGCAGCUGAAUCCAGUUCCUUCCUUAAAGUUGAUCCCAGGAAGAAGCAAAUCACCAUCAUGGACCCGUCAGCCAAUCAGACACAAAGCGCUGCCUCCACGAAGAAGGCAGCAGCCAAUCAGGUCCCUCCAAAGAUGUUCACCUUUGAUGCUGCGUUCCCUCCUGAUGCAUCACAGGCGGAGGUGUGUGCGGGAACGGUUGCCGAGGUGAUUCAGUCAGUGGUGAACGGAGCAGAUGGCUGCGUCUUCUGCUUUGGGCACUCCAAGCUGG